AUUCUUCACUCGAUGAUGAAUUGUUUCCAGGGCACCAAUGCCUCUGCUCUGGAAAAAGACAUUGGUCCAGAGCAGUUUCCAAUCAAUGAGCACUACUUUGGAUUGGUCAACUUUGGGAACACAUGCUACUGUAACUCCGUGCUUCAGGCCUUGUAUUUCUGCCGACCGUUCCGUGAGAAUGUGCUGGCAUACAAGGCCCAGCAAAAAAAGAAGGAAAACUUGUUGACCUGCCUGGCAGACCUUUUCCACAGCAUUGCCACGCAGAAGAAGAAGGUCGGCGUGAUCCCACCAAAGAAGUUCAUUUCAAGGCUGAGGAAAGAGAAUGAUCUCUUUGAUAACUACAUGCAGCAGGAUGCUCACGAAUUUUUAAAUUAUUUGCUAAACACUAUUGCGGACAUCCUGCAGGAAGAGAAGAAACAGGAGAAACAAAAUGGGAAAUUAAAAAAUGGCAACAUGAACGAACCUGCAGAAAAUAAUAAACCAGAACUCACCUGGGUCCAUGAGAUUUUUCAGGGAACGCUCACCAAUGAAACUCGAUGCUUGAACUGUGAAACUGUUAGUAGCAAAGAUGAAGAUUUUCUUGACCUUUCUGUUGAUGUGGAGCAGAAUACAUCUAUUACCCACUGUCUAAGAGACUUCAGCAACACAGAAACACUGUGUAGUGAACAGAAAUAUUAUUGUGAAACGUGCUGCAGCAAACAGGAAGCACAGAAAAGGAUGAGAGUGAAAAAGCUGCCCAUGAUUCUGGCCCUGCACCUAAAGCGGUUCAAGUACAUGGAGCAGCUGCACAGGUACACCAAGCUCUCUUACCGGGUGGUCUUCCCGCUGGAACUCCGGCUCUUCAACACGUCCAGCGACGCGGUGAACCUCGACCGCAUGUAUGACCUGGUGGCUGUGGUGGUUCACUGUGGCAGCGGUCCUAACCGUGGGCAUUACAUCACUAUUGUGAAAAGUCACGGCUUCUGGCUUUUGUUCGAUGACGACAUUGUAGAGAAAAUUGAUGCCCAAGCUAUUGAAGAAUUCUAUGGCCUGACGUCAGAUAUAUCAAAAAAUUCAGAAUCUGGAUAUAUUUUAUUCUAUCAGUCAAGAGAAUAACUCGGAGAACUGUGGGACGAAGUCAAGUGGGGGAAAAUGUUCAAAGCACUAUUCCCUGGUUUCUCUGCAGACUUUCUUCUUCCCCAGCAGAUCACCAGUGGUAUUACUCCAAGUCUCAGUGGUCUGGCUGCAUUAGACUCUCCCUUUGUUUUUUUACAUGCAGCACUAUUUGUGGUUUUAUUUUAGUCUGAGGUAGAAUUAACUGCGAUCAGAUUGUAGUAAGAUUUAUAUGAAUAACAGUUGCUAAUUUUAGGGUUGGGUAAAUGUUGUGCCACUGGCUAUGUCUGGCCGAAUUCGAAUGACACUGCCUACAAAUGUCUGUGGUCUAUUUUGGGUCUUUGCUAAACUUCCUAAAUGGCUUCCAGGGUCUCCUUUCAAUGCAUUCCUUUAACUUGUCCCUGGAAACAUUAGCUUCUUUGCCUCUUACCUGAUAGAAGAAUUGGGUACAUGUUCAUUUUUUAGGGCUGCAACUAUAGCUUUAAGUGUGUGCAAGUGAAAAUGUUUAAAAGUGAGUAAACUCUAUACUAAAAUCAUCCUCCAGCUGGAAUCGAGUGAAGAGCUGUUCAUGGUGGCUCGUGUCUGACCCGGGCUGUGCUCACCUAGCUGUUAGAAUUCCCGGGCCAGAGAAGGUAGGGAGCUCCGGACAGGCAAAGCUGAGAGUAGGAAGCUUUUACAGACAGUGAAAAGUUACUUUUUUAAUCUUUCUACCAAAACCAAGUUUCAGGAAAAUAACUCUAAUGUUUGUUUUUAGUGACACUUUCUUCUGUAAGGUCCUGUGAAUUGUAUCUACCCUUUAUCUGGCAUUGAUUGUUAAGCUUCCCAAGACAUCUCUCCAGACACGCUGGUGUUUCGCGGUCCGUGGCCACAGGGUUCGGGCACCGUGGUGACCGCCGCCAGCGCAGCCCUCCUUAGCCGGUUGGUACCAACAUCGCUUUUGUCAGGAAGGACGAAGGCUCUGCACCUUUACCGUCAACCUCAUUGUACAGCCGUUCACUUUUUAACAUUUCAGUCUGUUCACUGAGGCACUGGCAAGGCCUAGGGCUAGUGUGGAACCUUCCCUGGAGGGAGUGCUGGAGGGGGCUGGGUGCGAAGCUGGGUCGAAGGAGGCGGCAGUGCGCGCCGAGUCAAAGAGACCGAGGGCUGCUUAGGCUCAGGCUCCUAGAAUGCUUGACAAGACAGUUUUUUGGAAGAACCUCAUCUCACCAUAGUUACUUUGACUUUUUUCACUUUUGUUAUAUACAUAUUUAUUAGAUCAUUUGAGUAUUGGUACCUUUUAUUAAAAGGGUCGAUGUGGUGUUUUGCCUUUGAGCUGGUUUUUGGUUUCCUACAAAUACUCUGAGUCAUAGACCUUCCUUUGGGAAGUCAGUUGAUUUCCAUACACUAUGAUAUACUGUGAACAUAUAGUUACCUGAUAAAUCAGCAAAGGAACAUGCAAACGUUUGGCAUAAUGUGAACUAAAAUUGAAAUCGAAAAUGUUAGUGGCCAUUUUGCAACAAUUAAGAGCAUAGCACUUUAUCUAGAUGAAAACUGGAUUCCUAAUCUUUGAAAUAUCUUGAACCGUUAAUAUUGCUCAGAACUUAAGUAAGCAUGCAAACACUUCAUUUGUUCAUGCUUGGAGUGAAAUGUUUUACCUUUCACUGGAGAGGACAAAAACAGGGUGAUCUUCAUGUUGUUUUAUACGAGUGACAAAAAUAUACCUUGCCUUGUUAGAGGCAAAUUCAUAUUUAUAAAUAUUUUGUCUGUUUUUCCUCCAUGAAACAUAUGCAGUAAUCACUUACCAGGAAGGUGAGUUUUUAUUGUUUUUAAGGAGAGACACUUUUCCAAUUGAUCGAUAUAGGGAACUGUUUGUACUAUGUAUAACUCAUGUAUUUGAUUGUAGGUUGCAAAGUUUAAAAAGUGAUGGUUGAUAUCUAAUAUAUUUGGAACUGAUUCAUAAGCAAAACUAUUAAAAUUAUCUUUGAAAUGACUUUUGAAGCUAAUUUAUUAGAAAAAAAAUUUUCAUUUGGAAGCCUAUAGAAGUAAUAUCUAAAUGCCAAGUCAUAGAUUCAGUACCUUUUUUUGGAUGUGUAAAGAGUUUUUUUUCCAGUGACUAAACUGAAGUAAUUCCUUUUCAUAGAAAGGGUCAGUUAAAAGUCAAUAUUCAUGGAUAGAUUUUUAGAAUUAAAAAAAUAAGUAUGGAAGAUAAUGCAAAGACAUUGGAAUGGUUGUGCGAUACAGGAGAAGAAGAUUGGAAAAGACCAAACGCAUUUAUCCACCAACACUUCAUCAGUUUUUUAGACAUUAGAGCUAUCUGGUAACUUCUUUCCUCUUCCUCUUCAGCUAAUGAAACAAACACUAGGCAGCUACAUUCCACCCCCCCCACCCCCACCCCGGUCAUUUCACUUUAUGUAAAAACAGUAGCAUGCAAACACUUUUUAGUUUUUUUUUAAUCCCUCAUUCAUCACAUAAAGCAGAGAUUGGUGUGGGAUAUGUAAGACCAUUCUGAGGUCAACGAUAGCACAAAGACUCAGCAAUAUUCCCUCAAAUGGCCAGGGUUUUUGCGUGUCAUUUUCUGGCAGGAGUGAGUAGGCCUGCUGUAUUUCUUUUAACUGCUGGGUGUUUUAAAAUAAGUUACAGUGUUUUACACUUAAAAAAGAGAAGAAAUAUUUCCUUUAUUUGUUACUUACUAGUUUAGCAUCUAGAUUAUGGUACAGUAUGCUAAAAAGUCAUUUGCGUAAAGGCAAAUUUUGGUAAAAUGUGGACAUCAGUCCUGGUGUGUUGAUUCAUUUUCCAUUCCGAGGCAGCACCAAGUGGCCUGUUUUGGAGAGAGCCAAGGAACAACACAAGAGGAUGUUGUUUUGAAUAGUAAGCCAGUCGUAUUUGGUUUUAUAGCCUGGUAUAUUUUGGAUUUCAGAUGAAAUGGAGAAAAAAAAUGACAGAAAUGGUCCCUAUGAAUUUAUUUUCAUGGAUACCCUUAAUUUCAUGGGCAUGCCUAACAAUGAACUAUGUUCUAACUGGAGCUUAGGACUUAUUUUAGAUAUUAGAGCGUAGCUUUAUUACAGAUGGAUUUUAUCUUUAAACAUUGCAUUUUGAUCAACUUUGUAUAUUUAUGUGUAUUAAAAUAUUGUGCACUAAAUGUUUUGCCCUUGUUUGCUAUCAUAUGGUCAAGGCAUUUAUCAGCAAUAUUGUGAUUCACUCAUGUAAAUGGCAUGGGUCAGGGAAAAUUAUUUCCUGCUUUUCUGCCUAAUUAAAUUUCUGUUUUCCAGUAUUACAUUAAUUUAUUUUUUGCUUCCAUUUCUGUGUAACAAAAAUAGUUACUGUAUGUGUGUGGCAUUCAUAUGAUUUUGUUGCUAAGAAAACAUAGUUUUUAUUUAAAAUAAUCUGUACCUUAGUUUUUUUUAAUGUAACCAAUUCAAGCACUUUAAGCAAUAAUGUCAAUCUUGUGAAAUUUCAAUCAGUUUAACACCCUGCCUCUAAAAUUGUUGCAAAAUAAAUAAAUAAAUAAAUAGGUU